UCUGCCAAACGAACAGCGUUGAGAGAGCGAGAGCCAGUGCCAGUGGUUUUGCACUGCCCUUAGAAAAUCUUUUGAUUUACCUUUUGAGAUCGAACCCAGACGACGCAUAAAAAACUCAUUUUCCGGCCACAAUGGCAGCGACAUUGCGAAGAUUCCAUGGCUUGAGAUUGCUUAAAUCGACGCCGGCCUUGAAUCUGCAGCAGGCCAAGCAGCUCUCUUCGGCCGGCAGUUGGGCCAGCAACAAUAAGAAACUGAUCGGCGCUGUUGGAGCUAUAACCGGCGGCGUUGGUGCCUUAUUGUUUGCAUUGGAACAAUCGGUUCAGGCAUCCGGCUCUGAGGUCCAUUCACCUGCCCAACCCUGGAAUCACAAGGGUUUGUUCUCCUCGCUGGAUCACCAAAGUGUGCGUCGCGGUUAUGAGGUCUACAAGCAGGUCUGCUCCGCCUGCCACUCGAUGCAAUAUAUCGCCUACCGUAACUUGGUUGGCGUUACCCAUACCGAAGCUGAGGCUAAGGCGGAAGCCGAGCAGAUUACGGUCAAGGAUGGUCCCGAUGAUAGUGGCAACUUUUUCGAUCGUCCCGGCAAGUUGUCGGACUAUUUCCCAUCGCCGUAUCCAAAUGAGGAGGCGGCCCGUGCUGCCAACAAUGGAGCCUAUCCACCGGAUUUGAGUUACAUUGUAUCGGCCCGUAAGGGUGGUGAAGAUUACAUCUUCUCGCUGUUGACCGGCUAUCAUGAUGCGCCAGCCGGUGUGGUGCUACGCGAUGGUCAGUACUUUAAUCCGUACUUCCCGGGUGGAGCCAUUUCCAUGGCUCAAGUGCUAUACAAUGAGGUGAUUGAAUACGAGGAUGGCACACCGCCAACACAGAGCCAAUUUGCCAAGGAUGUGGCCACUUUCCUUAAGUGGACCUCCGAGCCGGAGCACGAUGAUCGCAAACGCAUAUUGAUCAAAGUCUUUGGCAUUCUUGGCUUCCUCACGGUCAUCUCGUAUUACAUUAAGCGACACAAGUGGUCCUCACUCAAGUCGCGAAAGAUUGUAUUCACACCCAAAGAGAAAUAGAUGGAUGCAAUGCCAGAGAGAUGAAUUAGAAACAACUUUUGUUUGAAAUUGACGUAGAAGAUCUGAGCGCAAAGUGAAUGUUGGAUAAAGUAAAUGCCGUGUUAAAAUGCAAAAAAUAAAUCAAUUUUAAGCAAAAAUUACAAAAAUACAAAACAAACAAAAAACAAGCAAAAUCAACCAAUAAAAAAAAGAAAACCUUAAAAAAA